AUGAUUCUGGUGUUUUGCAUUUCCACCGGAAAAGUGACGAAUGGAGGUACGGAACAAACAACAGAGAAGGAAACCCGCCCGGAGUACAUCCACCCGGACGGGCUGAUCAACUUCGACCCAUACCUCUCCGACUUCAAGCAAGAAGAAGAAGAAGACGACUACAUCCCAAUCCCCGAAAACGACGAAACCGUGGACGGUCUACCAAUAUUCCUUCUAGAACCGAAGAAUUCUUACGUGCUGCGGACCAAGCCAGCUACAUUAAUAUGCAGAGCGGCGAAUGCUUUGCAAGUCUUCUUCAAAUGCAACGAUGUAAGAAUAGAGAAGACCGUGCAGUUCGAGCACGUGGACCCACAGAAUGGAGUGAGGGUGGUCGAGGCGGAACUGAAUGUGACCAGGAACGAAUUGGACGAGUAUUUUGGCGGGAAGUACGGUUGCGACUGCUACGCGUGGAACAGUAAGGGCCGGAUUCGCAGUCAGGCUGUUUUUAUCGAGUUUGCUUAUAUAAAAAAGCAAUUCGCGCAGUAUCCUCAAUCUCUAACCCUGGAGGCCGGAAGGCAGGCUACCUUCCGUUGCAGCCCACCACCAGCAGCACCCCCCGCGGCCAUAAAAUGGUUAAGGAAUGGGGUACCAAUUGAGGCAACCGAUGAAAUGUUGGUGCUGCCAAAGGUUAAAUUGCAGGAUAUGGCGAACUACACUUGCGUAGCAGAAAAUAUCGCCGGAAAAAGAGAAUCAGACACUGCAAUUUUGUCUGUUUACGUGAACGGGGGCUGGUCAGAUUGGUCUCCCUGGAUCCCGUGCCGAUGUGGCGCCCAGAGCAGUGGCAGGCGACGAACGAGGACGUGUUCGGAGCCAGCUCCAGUGAAUGGCGGAGCACCCUGUAGGGGACCCACUUCUCAGAGCGAUGACGACUGUUUGAGGUGUCAAAAUGGGUCCUGGUACCCUUGGAGCGCCUGGUCAUCAUGUGCCGAGGACUGUGUUAGAGUGAGACGUAGACAAUGCGUGGGGACCUGCACGGGUUCCACUCUUCAGCACGCCGCUUGUGUUGACGGCCUAUGUUCGUCGAAUAUGCAUCUAUAUAAAAACAACCUGACGAUGUACGUGGGCAUUGGUAUAACGGUUGCCAUGUUAGCAGCUGGUGCUGUCAUUCUUUACGUGUGGUGCAAGUAUAAGAGUAGACCAGGGUACACUGCUGCUAGAACUGGUUUACCCAAAACGUACUCUCGGGACAAAGGCAGCACUGGACCAGACUUGACGAGGACCUGCAACGAAUAUUGGAUGCAGAGGCCCGAUAACCAAUACGACUUGCCGCAAAUGAGGGACAGUUACUCAUCACCGUUCGGUAAUCGAACUCACCACUCCAGCAGCAAUCACUACGAGAUGAAGCCUUAUAGCCCAUCUGGGGAAUCGGCGUCUAGUUGCUACACUAAUUCAAGGACGAUGACGUCACGCUCCAGCGAGUGUUCAUCCCAGCUGGCCGAGUUGGUGACGUCAUCACCAUCCCCUUCAAAGGUCGACGUAGCUGUGACCCUGCCACCUCACAGCGUGGAAAGCUAUCGAGAUAAAAUAUGCCUAACUAUUGUCAAAUAG